UUGUACUUUCCUCGUCAUACACUUACGUGCUUGACUUCAGGGUUAAAUCCCUUUGCUAAAAUGGAAAUAGCAGUAGAAUCAAUAUCUGUUAUUUCUUAGAAACUCAUGGACUAAUCUCCUGAUGUUAUGCUGAUGUUCUUUCCACUUCAAUAUGAGAGGAAAUGGUCCAAUCCCCACACCAGUAACUAACUUUACAUUAAUAAGUGUAGCAUUCAAAUCAGAUUGAAGGAGAAAGGGCAUCGCAUCAUAUGAGAAAUACACAUGCAGAUCUGGAUAAAUGGGAAAUUUGGUGGCUUCAUUGUUUUCUGGUGCUGUUGAAGGUGUCGGCAAUGUUCUGAAAGAAAUCUUUCAAGCCCCACUUCAAUUUCUUGCUGGAAAAUUAUGCAGCUCUGGUUGUGGACCGACAUGGGAUUUAAUCUGCUACAUCGAGCAUUUUUGCAUUGCUCAGAUUUUGAAGUUGGUGAUGGUCUUGGCCCUUGCAUAUUUGGUUAUGUUGUUCUUAUAUCUUCUAUACAAGGUGGGAGUCUUCCAAUGCAUAGGGAGAAGCAUCUGUAAAAUGGUAUGGGGAUUAUUGGCGACAUACUUCUCUCUUUGGGAAUAUGGUUGCAUGAUUCUAUGGACCAAGUUGAAAAGUGUGAAACGUGAACGCCGGCGACACUUGAGGGACAUAGAAGAAGAAUAUGAAUCCAGUCAAGAUGAAUCAAUGCUGGGAGGCAAAUCAUCAUCAAUAUCAUCAUCCGUGCAUGGGGAAGGAUCAUCAUCAAUAUCAUCAUUUGUAGAGAGUAGGAGAUAUAUUGACGGUGAGAGAUCAGCGCAUAGGAGAUCAAAAGAGCGCAGGGAGUUGCUUACACCAAGAAGCCAUCGACACAAACUCGGGAUACACAUGCAUUCAACUGGAAAGCACAGUAAGCAUAAGAGCUUAAAUAGUAUGAAGAGGUCAAGGCUCAAGGCGAAGCCUGAUCGGGUUCACAGGACUAGGAAAGAACUUAGAGCGCAGGCCGUUGCUUACACCAAGAGGCCAUCGACACAAACUCAGGAUACACAGGCAUUCAACUGGAAAGCACAGUAAGCAUAAGAGCUUAAGUAGUAUGAAGAGGCCAAGGCUCAAGGCGAAGCCUGAUCGGGUUCACAAGACUCGCAAAGAACUUAGAACGGCAAGACCAAGCCUUAGAAACAGGAAAGGGUAAAGAAACUCAAACUUCUCUGUAAAUGACCAAGAAGAAAUUCUCUGGACAUGAUGUUUCAAAAUUUUAAAGACAAUGAAAGAGUGAGCAAUGCUGCU